ACCUACAGGGUGCACGUCGGCGCUUUCUCAGCUGCGGAGCGGCCGCCUGCCUUUGAAAUCGCGCAGCCAGGGCUGGAGAGGCCGUGCCCGCGCCCGCGCUUCCCCUCUCGGCUUUGUCUUCGCUGCAUUGGGCUUUUUAAAAGCGACUCACCCGUUGCGCUGGCGGGUGCAGGUAUUUCGGCAAAGAAGUUUCCUCAUUGCAGUUAGUGACAUGGAGCUAUGCCAAUCCAUCCAUGGCACUCCAGACCGAGGUUCUAAAUAUGAACAGGGGUACUCUCUUGGAGGAGAGGAGAUCUUGGCACUCAACCCUGCUCUCUCUGGAAUGGAUGUCAGGCCCCAGAGACCUGUCCAAAUCAAGGAAGAGAACUGUGAGUUGGAGUUGGUCCACUUUAAACCGGUACAUCUCUACGUCAAACAGGAAAAAGGUGAUCUGGGCACCCCCCUCAUUAAAGAGGAGACUUCCAAGCAGGUAUCCAUUAGACCCGAAAUGCAGAACCAAAAAGCUGUGAACUGGCUUGACGAUACAGCGGCAGAAAACCCUUUGCACUUCAGAAGAUGUCUGGAACAGGAAUUGGAGCAGAGCAGUUUAGUCUCCAAACACAGGAAGGCAAAGUCCUCCUUGCCAGAUAUUGUUCAUUUGAAUCUGGAAUCCCUGAGGUCUGAAAAAAAGAGGACAAACGGAAGCUGUUGUAGACGAGAGCAGAAGGAAAGGGAGUCCUGCAUACUCCAGCUGAAUAAAAAUUUAGAAGACAAAGGUAGAUGCUCAUUGUCGCCGGUCUCUCUGGGCCAUCUUCAUCACCCAGCUCCACUGCACCAGCAUUAUGUACACACUCACACUUUAAAUGCUGACAUUUUUUUCCCUGUGGUAAAACUAACAAGAAUUGAUGCUCAUGCCUGUUGGACCCAGAAAGCAAAUUUUUUGCCCUUAAAUAUAGGUCCGGAUUCUAAAGAAGAUUAUAAAUAUAAAAUGGACUACAACCAAAGUCACACUAGUAGCAAGCAUUUUACUUGUAGUGAGUGUGGGAAGCAAUUCCGAGCCAAAGCCAGGCUCCAAGUGCACACAAGAUCUCACACUGGGGAGCGGCCAUACUGUUGUACUCACUGUGGCAAGAGUUUUGCCGACAAGCAGCACCUUCUUGUACACAACCGAAUUCAUACAGGAGAAAGGCCAUACAGAUGCAGUGAAUGUGGUAAGCGAUUUUUACAGUUAUCCUCUCUUCAAGUGCAUAAAAGAAGCCAUACUGGAGAGAGGCCAUUUUCCUGCCGUUACUGUGGUAAGCAGUACAUGCAAAACAGUUCCCUUCAAGAGCAUGAACGAAAUCACACUGGAGAGAAGCCAUUUUGUUGUCAUGAAUGUGGAAAAAGAUAUACAGGCCAACGUAAACUUAGAGAGCACAUGCGUGUUCAUACAGGAGAGAGACCCUACUGUUGUAUUCAGUGUGGCAAGCAGUUCACAUACAGUAACGUUCUACAUGUGCACAAAAGACUUCAUUCUGGAGAGAAGCCAUAUGGCUGUACUCAGUGUGGCAAGCAGUUUGCACAAAUUAGUUCUCUUCAAGCUCACGGUCGAUCUCACAGUGGCGAGAAACCGUUCUACUGUGCCGAAUGUGGCAAGCGAUUCUCGCAUGGCUCUUUACUUGUGCGGCACAAGAAAACUCACAGUGGGGAAAAACCUUAUCACUGUACUGAAUGUGAUAAAUGGUUUUCACGACUUGAUUCUCUACACACUCAUAUGAAACAUCACACUGGAGAAAGGCCAUAUGGCUGUUCUGAAUGUGGCCAACACUUCAAACAGAAGGUACAGCUUUUAACUCAUAAGCAAAAUCACACUGGAGAGAAACCAUACAGCUGUGCGGAGUGUGGCAAACGAUUUCCCAGGAAAAACUCACUUGAGAUGCACAAGAAAAUCCACACUGGAGAAAAGCCGUUUUCCUGCACUGAAUGCGGUAAGCAGUUCACCCAGAGUAGCAAUCUGAAAAAGCAUAUCCGCACUCACACGGGAGAGAAACCGUAUGGCUGCACUGAAUGUGGAAAGCGCUUCACUCGACGUGGCAGUCUUCUUGGACACCAGAUCCUUCAUACAGGGAAGAAGCCGUACUGCUGAGUUCAUACAAAGAACAAAACGGCUUCAGAGACACGGGACGAGUCACACUGGAGAGAAGCCAUAUACCUGUGUGGACUGUGGCAUUCGGUUCUCUCCGAAAUACCAGUUUUUUGGGACAUUUAACAGAACCCAUUAGUGCAAAGGAGAAGUUAAACAUAAAUGAAGCCUCCUGUGUGCUGAGGUCUACUUUCCAAGUUGUAUAUUUUGAAGCCAAGUGGAGAUCAAGAAUUGACUGCCACAUUUCCCUGUCAGAAACUAGUCCGAGGCUGAUUACUCAGCCGCUAUGCAGUAAGUACACCACGUUUAGUACCUUUCUACACUUGUUUUGUUUUACGACUUUUGUGUGUAGUUUCCCAAAAUCAAACGUUGAAAAUUAAAACCUAAGCUGUUAGCCAGCAGCAUGGAAAGCAAUAAGGUUUUCAUGUGAAUCGCCGGCCCCAGCUCUACCCAUUCAGAGACUGGAUGCCUCCACGUCCUCCUUGAAGCCUUAUCAGAUGGGCAUGUGUUUCUCUUACAGAACAGAACCCUUGGCACGGUCUUCUGCAGGAACUUUCUGAACUGCCAUAAAAGUAACACUUGGUUAUUUGCUGCUACUGGAAAAGACCUAAGAAUGGAUCCACAGCUCUAAGAAGAGCGGAUUUAUUGUCACUCUUUACAACAUGUGAUUGAUCUCCUGGAUGACACUUUCAGUACUAGGUCAACAGUGUAUCCAUAUGUUGUCCACCUUGUGCAAUUUUUAACAGGGAGAUGAAUGUGAAAUUAGUACAUAAACACACUUAAACCCGUGUGCAUUAAAACUUCUUUAAAACA